AUGGGGGAAAAUGUGAGUUUUUGGGAGAGCCUAGUAGUUGGACACCCAGUAUGUGUUGAGUGGAAUCAAAUGACUGAAGGAUCCUUCUACCAUUUAUCCAGCAUUCUUUUUGUACUGGGUUCUAUGGCAGGCAGUGGGGUCUUUGGACUUCUGUAUGGAUAUAUUUUCUUUGCACUAAGCUUUUUCUGUACGUGCAUAUGGGCAUGGCUGGAUGUCUGUGCUGCAGAUGUGUUUUCCUGGAGCUUUAUCCUUCUGGUGAUUUGCAUCAUUCAGAUUAUUUACCUGGCCUAUCAACUAAGGAGUGUCUCGUUUGACAAAGAAUUACAAGAUGUAUACAGUACCGUCUUCCAACCUCUUGGGAUCUCGUUAUCUGUAUUUCGAAAAAUCAUCUCGUAUUGUAAUGCAGAGGUGGUCACAUUGGAAAGGGAACAUUGUUACGCAGUCCAAGGGAAAACUCCAAUCGACAAACUCUCAUUACUUAUUUCAGGAAGGUUUGUAACAUUUCUGAUUUUAAUUGAAUCUUCUUCACUCACGUAAAAGGCAACAUUUUAUGUUCCUCAAUUUAUGGAACACCCAGUCCAAGAAAUAAUAUUUUAUUGAUUACUUGUCCCCACCUUGUUUUGGUAUAUGGUAAUUCUAAGGCGCAAUGCUAACUCGAUCUCUUAGAAUUCUUGGAGAUAUAAAGUGACUUUUUGCCAAUUUGUAGCAGCUAAAAAGGUUAUGUUGAUAUAACAUUUACAUUUAUUUUUAAAAAAAAAAAUAAUAUAUAUAUAUAUAUAUAUAUAUAUAUAUAUAUAAAUUCAUUGGUUUCAGUAUGUACAACAUUGGUUACAGUAAGAGUUAUCACUUUUGGUGAAAACAAAAAGAUGACAAUAGCUCCAGUGCAUAUUGCAAAACUUUAUAAUUUUAUUGAAAUCCAUAGAGAAAGUCAUAAAAGUCUGUGGGCUUCAGGGUGGUGCAUUCAGUACCAUGAAAAUAAAACUACUAUAGGAUUAGUCGCUAAAAUGUGAAUUGUCAGGAAUUCAGAGUGGAUUUCAAAUUUAAGACCAAAGUUUGGAAAUGGAAGCAUAAUUGACAUAACUGAAUUUUUCCAGUUUGGCUAUUUUGCCUUAAAUUUCACUUUAACCCCUUAAUCUUAAUAUCAUGAUUCCCUUUUAUUCCAGAAGUUUGGUCCUUAAAGGGUUAAAUAACUAACAAUUCUCACUUAAAGCAACACUAUAGAGUGAAGAAUACAAACGUAUUCCUAACACUAAAGUGUUAAACUAAGUGUUUAGGGCCCGACCCCACCUUUUCUUCCAAGCGGUGCUGUUGUUACUACGGGUCUUGAUCUCCUAUAGGUUCCUAGGCAGCAAUAGCACUGCCUUUUCACAGUACUCAGCCUGCAAGGACAUGCUAUAGACACCAGAACACCUACAGCAAGCUGUAAUAGUUAUGGUUACUGUAGUGUCUCUUUAACCUGCUGUAUGUUUACACCAAGAAAAAAAAUAAACACUCUCACCCCAUCCUAUUGGGCAUCUGGUAAGAGUUUAAUUUUUUUUCCUUGGUACAUAUAUUUUUUUUUUUUUUACCUUUCUUGAAUUUCCUUUAUGUCAGACUGCUUGAAAUGGUUUUACUCAAACUGAGGUGACAGAACCACAGGCUCUUUGUACCAUAACCACUACAAUGACCUAUUAUUGUAGAAUCCCCCUUUAAUUCAUGGAUUUUUGUAUCACAUGUUUAUACCGUCUUACUGGUGACUCACUGUUUCCUAGAUUCUAGUCCCAAGAGGGGCUAGUUUCUAGAGGGGAGACUUCUAACCAUCACAAGGCAUUCCUAUGGGAGAACUAUAGAAUUUUCACUUUCAUUGCAGGUACAUAAAAGCCACGUACAGCUUUGUGGAUUUCAUAAACAGUAAAUUAGUAAACUCAUCAUGUAUACCAAGAAACAGUCCAACUCAUUUCUGAACAUCCUUUGAAUUAUUUCCUUAUAUUCCAAAAACCAAGAAAUGCAUCAAAGUUAUUUAUUCCCCUUGAACUACAAAGUACAAAGUAACAUGGUGAAUGAUCCGGGUAUGUUCUAGCCAGUCUGACUCCUUUAAAAAUAUAUCCAAUAUCGCCAAGCUUUCUUUUCAGUCUAAGUAAGUCUACUUGAAGAUGUUUAUGCCACCUUAAGAUUCAGUAGAGCAUUCUCAUAGUACUUCAGAACUAAUCAUGUAACUAUAUAACUUUAACAUCCCUUUACUCCAAGCCUCAAGGUUUUUAUAGAAAUAGAACAGAAUAGAAAUUUUAAGUAAAAUAUAUGUGAAUAUUCAAGAGUGACCCAAAUAUUCUGUGCAUUGGACUUGAAAAAGUAUAUUUACUUGAACCAAAAAAUCUUAUAAGGGUUGAGCAUAAGCCAGUUGAUUCAUGCUACCUACUACUCAUGUGUCUGAGAUAUCUAAAACUGAAGUUCCCCUUCCAACAAUAGAUGCAUCUAUUUUGGUCCUGUUCAGAUGUAAUUCAGCCAAUGAAAUCUAUUCAAAACAGGGGAGGAACUGACCUCACAAAUGCGAUAGUAGGAACUUCUGUGUUAGCAAUCUCAGACAUUGUGCCUGGACUGGAGGUGUAGUGGGAACCAGGUACAUGUGAGAUGAUUAGAAAAUGGUUUGACUUCAUAUCAUGAAAUGGCACUACAGGCUGUAGUACUUAUAGUACAUCCCUUUAACAGAUCAAUGGUCGGGGCGAAUUCUUAAAUCACUGUAGAUCACUCUAAUUUGCCUGGGAGGAUAACAGCGUGUACCCGAACUCAUCGCAAUGUGAAUACACUGCCAGGCAAUGUAAAGUGGUAUUUAGUAAAAAGUUGAAAGGCUUCCUUUUAAAAAAACCAAAAAACAGCCAGGAAAUGAUAUUCUCAUAUCUCAUUCGUUUAGUUAUGCAAUUAAAUUAAUCCAGAACAUUGAGUUAAGCUUUUUUUUUUUUUUAAAUAAAUAUAUAUAUAUAUAUAUAUAUAUAUAUAUAUAUAAUUUUUUUAUUUUUUUAUUAAAAUACAUAUUUCAGUACAGGUUGCAGUGAGUGAGUGUUGGUGACUUAGGCAGGCUAAAGAAUCACUUGGACGAAACAGGCUUCUAAACACAGGCCCUACUGGUGGAAAAAUAUAGACUAAACCACUACACAAGAGGAUGGUUUAUACUUUAUAUAACGGUACUGCAGGAAACUGACUAAUGGUUUGGAACUCCAUAUCUGCUGUCUGUGGCAAUAAUGACCCCUAAGGACUAAAUAUGAUGCAGGUUUGUUUCAAUGCCUUAAGCAGCUGAAAAUAAACAAUGCAUGAUAAAUCGAGAAUGAUGUUCAAAGCAAUACUUGUAUACCGUACAGCCCAGUACAGCUCUUACCUCUGCAAGGACAGAGAUGGCAUUAUUUUCACCAAUAUAUGCUUCACCAUUAUGUAUCUUUUGUAUUACUUUAUAAUUUUAGGUUAGUGUGUUAAGGUAGUGUAGUGGUUAAUAAUUAGUUUUAGAGUAGUGUAAGGCUUACUGUUUAGUAGUAUUAUCUCUUAGUGUAGUAUGUAAUGGUAGCGGGUAGUUAAAGAGAGGAGUUAAAGUAAGAGCAGCACUGUUACACAUAUGUUGCAUUUUGCCUGAGAUUAGUGGGAGUUACAAUCCUGGGCCUUGCCUGUUUCACCUGCUCCUAUUAAAAUGGCAGCAGGUGAAGCUUGCGAGUAUAAAUCGCAAUAAUCUUGAGCAAACCAAAACAUGCAUGUAACAGUUCAGCACAGAGUUGUCCCUGCAUUAUUCCCUGUUCGUUAGGGUAAGUAUUGUACAGAUGUGCAGCACCCAGUUGAAAAUAUGAUCUGCCCUUCAAAAAAUAUAACAGCAGUCAUUCACUCGAAGACCUUGUAACUUCCUCUAGUCCAGUGCAAUGUUCGGAACAAGUGAUACUAUCCACACAGGAACAGCACUCUAGGGACGCUCUUCUGUAGGUUAUAACUGAAAGUAGAUUUUUUAAAUUUAUUUUUUAUGAGGUCAAUGUUUCAGAUUAAAAAUAAAAACUGUCACGAGGACAAAGUAACGGCAAAGCACAGGCACAAUUGCAGGCGUGCUUACCAGCCUGCAAAUUUGCUCAUGACUGUGUGACCUUAUGAAGGUUGCACUGGUACAAUGAAUGUCAGUGCAAAGCGUGCUCCUGUUAGCAUAUGUAGAAUGUAAGAAAAAAAUACCAAACAUUCUGAACAGACAAAGUAUAGGAAGCUAAAUAAACAGGCUGCUUAGGUGUAUUUCUAAGGAGAGGUCAGACGAGGAAGUAGCACAUAACAAUCACAAACAGGGAACAUAGCUGGGUUGGAGAAUAAACUUGCUGAAAGAAGUGUUCUCCUGAGCAUUGAAAAGCUGGUAGGUACGAAAUACAUAUGGUUUGGAGUUGGCACGCUCUGUUUUUUCACUACUUAGGAGAACACUUGUUUCAGCAUGCUUUUUCUCAUGUGGGCUAUGUUUCAUCUGCACGAAAGAAAGCUCUUUGCUCUUCUAAAUUCAGUGCGACUAAAAACAAUUCCGAAAUGAUUUACUAAAAUACAUAUUACCACAUGGUAUGAACAUACUGUAUUAUUACUUGACUUUCUAGUCCGAGUUGGAGACUAAUCACAUUUACAUUAAAGGUAUUAGAGUGUACAAUUGCAAUAUAUUCUGACUUGGGGUUAUGGGGUCAGUGUUUUCAUGUGGUUAUGGUACAAUGAAUCUGCAUGUGCAACGUUUCCGAAUGAAAUGCUGCACAUGCAAAGAUAUUUGGGCUACGUGCUUGUGGUGUAACUCCAUCUCCAGAAGUGUCAUUAGCCAGCCCAGAAUAAUAGUUUCAGGCUGGCUAAUAGCAAUUCUGCAUGUAAAAGUAGGCAGGAACAUGAAACUUAUGUAAAACCCAUGUCUUUAGAGCAGGACUGUGGAAUCUGAAGCAAUUUUGAGUUACCUGGUUUAAUGUUGGUAAAAGGGUACCGACUGUGACUACAUGUACCAUAUAAGCUGACAUGUAAGUCGAUCCCUAAAGCUUAGAGGUAUUAUGUAGAUUUAGACCUAUACGUAGGGAGAUACCAGUUUAUUACCGCAUUGAUAAGUAUACAUAUUGUUUUUAUACUGUUUAGCGCACCCUCCACUUUCUUGUCUUCUAUUGUAUUUAUCGGUUGUAUCUGUGAGGGAACAACCUUGGAGUGUUUGUGCAACUUCUAUCAUGUGUUUAUAGUGUUAGUAUAGCACCACGUUUUCACUAUAUUGAUUCACAGGUUUAGACCGAUAUUUGUUGGAUAAGUCAACUACCAAAAUAAUUUGCAGGUUAUAGACAUAUAUUAGUAUACGAUUUGGGCCUAGGCUAGGAAGUAGAAGUCAAUAAAUAGUCCAAAUGUUGUUUUGCUUACUGUAUCCUGUUAUAUGAUCAGUUUUUUUGUAAUGUGAUUAAUAAAAUGGUCAAAAUCUAAAGGAAAACAGACAAAACAUGGCACAUAUGUCCGCGAUGGUAGGUAUCUCUCCAGCUACAAAUAUACAAUUUUGUUGCAAUAUAAUUAUACACCAAUGGAGAAAACUGCGGAAACCUUUUAGAAAAGACAUCAGUCUUUUUUUUUAGAAUAAUGCGAUAAAAUGAUAUGGUAACAUGUAUCUAUGGGACCAAGAUAAUAUGUCAGUAAAGGCUGCUAUGGGAGAUUGGCUAUUGAGAUGUGUUUAUGAACUGUUCCUGAGGGGCAAAGAGAAUAUUGCUGUGUGGCAAUGGGGAGUUUGGAUGGUAAAUGCUGCUAUGCAGAGGGGGUAUGAUUAUUAUGGUUAUUCUUUAAAGUGAGAAUUCAAGGUGAAUUCAAAGCGAAUUUUAUAAUUUAAGGUCAAAAUAGCCAAACUGGAAAAAUUCUCUAAGUCAGCAAUGCUUUCAGUUUGGCUAUUCUGGUCUUGAAUAAAAAAUGAAAAUAAGAGUGUGUGUGUAUAUAUAUAUAUAUAUACAUUAAGUCCCCCCCAAUUUUUAUUUAUGGCCCCCACCCACCGCUCAGGGGUGGGGGCCAGGGGGGAGGACAUUAGGUCCCCCCAAUUUUUAUUUAUGGGCCCCACCCACCGCUUUUUUAACAAUGAGCAGCCACAGGCUAGGUCACAUGCUGAACUGGCCAAUCACAGCCAUGCCAUUAGUGGGCAUGGCUGUGAUGGCUUCUAAGGGCACAUGAGUCAAACGCUUGUUGAUUGGCUGCCCUGCGGCCUUUCAAAACGCACCAUUAAAUCGCUGAACUCCGAACUCCAACCCGAACAUAUAGUUAUAUGUCCGUGUUCGGGUCCGGGGGUCCAAAAAAACUUAAUGUUUGGUACGAACCCGAACUUUUCAGUUCGGGUUUGCUCAACUCUAGUCUGCAGACAUCAAGCCAAACAAUAUACUAUACAGAGUAACCAAACCAGGAAUCAUGUCAUCAAGUACAAGAUCUGGAAAACUGUGAAACAUUGUGACUAUUUCACACUUUCAGAUUGUGCAGAGUUCUGCGUAAUAAUUUACUAAAGCAAGCAAUGUUAGGAAUUUAAAAUUAAUUCAAAAUUUAUUUCAAAUGUAAAGGAACUCUAUAGCGUUAAAAAUACACGCCUGUAUUCCUAAUGCUAUAGUUUUAUGCUCUGAAUUUAGUUUAAGAUCGCACUGCCAUCUAAAUAAAAAAUAGUGGAGAAAGGGCCUAGAUCCAUUCCUUGCAGCCUCUCGACCUGCCUCCCACUAUGUCAAACAGACUCUUCUCUUUUGUCCAAUUCUAUACUCCUUAUUAAGAAGCAUUGGGGAUGUAGCCCCUCUGUGCGCCUCCAAUCAAAUAGAUGUUAACUGUAAGAACUGUAAGAGCCUCUAGUGGCUGUCUCUCUGCUUGCCUUCCGUCGUGCCUAACCUGCAGAAGAAAAUAAAGGGUUAAAAAACCUUUAACAACACUUACCCGUUUUGUGUUCCUUCUCCACCAUCAGCAAGCGUGGCGCUUGUGCAUUACGCCUUCGUCAUGGAAAAGCAUUGAAUAAAUGCAUUCCUAUGAGGAUUUAGAUGAUGCAGGACGUCCUCAUGUAAAGCAUGAGGACGUAGAGCGUUGUUUCACUGAGUCAAACUCUAUAAAAAAGGCCAGGAAGCACCACUCGUGGGUGUUUGAUAGACAGUGACUAGAGGCAGGCUUAACUCUGCAAUGUAAAAAUUGUAGUUUCUCUGAAACUACAAUCUUUGCAACUUGAGCUCCAGGGCUAAAAUGACAGAGACCCAGACCACUUUAAUGAGAUAAAGUGGUCUGGGUGCCUAUAGUGUCACUUGAAUUUAGCAAUUAUCAGUUUAGGAAAGGAAUGGAGAGUGGUCAUUGCUUAAAUCCUUUGGUAUUAUUUGUGCUUGACCCUGUAAAUGAGUAAACUGGAUAAGAUAACUCCUAGCCAAAUUAUUAAUAGAUUAAUGAUGUUUAAGACGGUGUAUUCGCUAAAUACAGAAUUAUAAAAAGUAAAAAAACAAACUGUAAAAUUUAGACAACAGUAUUUAAUAUGAAAAAAAAUCUCAAAUUCUGCAAUAGUGAUAGCUUGAUUAUUUUAUAUUAAAUAUUGCAAUUUGUUUUUCAAUGCACUACAAGCUGGUGUUUAAUCAAAGAUGUGUUUGAAUCUCUUGCAAUAAUGCAUUAUUUAUCAAAAGUAAUGUCUCUAAAGAAUUCAUAAAAGAUUGGAAUCUUAAAAGCCUCCAUCUGACCACUCCAGACUGGGAAUCUCUCUUACAGACACUUACUGAAGCAAUUUCUCUAUCUAGUAUGGAAUUUAUUCUGCUAUUUUUGUUACACACUAUAGCACAGUGUUCUUGACAUUUGCCUGAUAUCUUGUGUAUUUGGGUGCAAGAAAUAAUGGAGACAUAGAUAAUUCGCUACAAAAAAAGAUAGAUCAGAUCCAUCGAAUCCUCAAGAGUUCAGGGUGUUAAUAUUAAAGAUAGAUACAUUUUAAUGGGUUAUAUUAGCCAAUUCCUGCACAGCUUGUUCCAUUGAGUAGAUGAUUGAAUUAUAGUUUAUCAAUUGAAGCCCAUUAGUGGGAGCUGUAGUUUAAACAUAUAAUAUACAUGCCGAGAUUGCACCGCUAUUUUAUUUUAUUGCUGACCCAUUUUUAUAUGGAAUACACCAGGAAGGCUUACAUGCAUCUCUGUAGGGGGACAAAUGUCCCCACCAAGUUAUUUUAGUUAAGGAGUGGGGUCAGGGAUGUAUUUACCACAAGGCAAACAAGUCAUUUGCCUAGGGCGGCACUUUCAGGGGGGGCGCCAAAAAAACGAUGACUGUGUAUCUGUCAGUGAGUGUAUAUCAGUGUAUGUAUCUAUGAGGGCAUGUGUCUGUCAGUCAAAAAAGUGGCCAUGACACGAAUUGGGGGGGCACAAAUCCAAAAUACACCAAUGAGUGUGAAAGAUCCUCUGCCUCCUUUAGACAUCCUGCUCUAUACCUUAUGCAUUACUGUUGAAGCAAGCAAAAAAAAAAUCUUAGGUUAUUCACUUUUGUUAAUUCAUAAUUUAUGUGCCUUUCUACAUAACAGAAGAACUAUUCCUAACAUAUAUUUGUUCCAUGUUUGUAUACGGUCAAUGGGUAAGGCCUGGAAUGUAUGUUUUUCACAAAGUAUAGUGAAAGGGAAGCUCGAAGUAUGUCAGCGGUGGCUAAUCCCAUGCUUCCUUACUAAAGCCUUGAAGAUGGAGCAAAACGGAUAGGUGCAGUCUUCACAACGUUGGGUUUAAAACCAUUCAUAGAUGAUUUAACCCCUUAAGGCAGGUGUAGAUCUUGUAAUGCUGUCACAGCCAUAAUGUUUGCAAAGCAUCAGGGGAGAUGUAGUCCACAACAUAGAGAGUACAAAAGAUUGCCUCCCCCAGCAUUAAAGGACCACUCUAGGCACCCAGACCACUUCAGCUUAAUGAAGUGGUCUGGGUGCCAGGUCCAGCUAGGGUUAACCCAUUUUUUCAUAAACAUAGCAAUUUCAGAGAAACUGCUAUGUUUAUGAAUGGGUUAAGCCUUCCCCUAUUUCAUCUAGCGGCUGUCUCAUUGAUUUUCACAGUGAGAGCACGCCAUCGUCCAUAGGAAAGCAUUAUGAAUGCUUUCCUAUGUGACCGGCGGAAUGCCGCGCGUGUGCAUUCAGCCGACGGGGAGGAGAAGAGGAGGAUCCGAGGAGGAGAGCUCUCCGCCCAGCACUGGAAAAUGGUAAGUUUUAACCUCUUUCCCCUUUCCAGAGCCGGGCGGGAGGGAGUCCCAGAGGGUGGGGGCACCCUCAGGGCACUAUAGUGCCAGGAAAAUGAGUAUGUUUUCCUGGCACUAUAGUGGUCCUUUAAGGAAUGACCCAGGACCUCCUGCUACCAUGGCCAUAUUAUUGGGAUGAAGUUGUUAUAGUGCCCAGAGUGUUCCUUUAGCUAAUCUUUGGAAGUUCAUUCUAUAGUCUAUUCUUUUUAAAAAUCCUAAAUAUUACUCUAUCAAGUAAAAAUAAUAAACUUAUCUCAUACUUUCCCAGUGUUAGGGACAGUUUACUAUUUAUUGUCUGUACAAAUGGGACAAAACUGUGUUGUUUGACCUAUACUCUAUGAGGAGGUGUCAGAUUUUUUACAAAUUUUUUGUCAUACCUAUAUGUGAAUUGUGAGGAACACUCUAAGCACCAUACCCACUACAGUUAACUGUAGUGGUUGUGGUGCCAGGAGUACCCUGGUGCCACCUUAUUCUCCGGAGUCAAACCAUCUUAGAAUACCUGAGGUCCACCUGGCACCUAGCCCCGCCUUCACUACUUCUUAUGAAUAAGCGCAUGCUCCUGAGCUAAGCCACGGUUACGUCAUUGGCUAAGAGCGUCAGAAAAAAAGCACAGUAAGUAGUGGAGGUGGGGAGUGGUGUCUGUCGGACCUUAGGUAAAAACUCAAACUGUUGUUAAACAGUUUGACUCCUUACAAUAACGGGACACCAGCGUAUAUCUGGCACUAUAGCCAGUGCUAUAGCGGUAUAGUUAUUGGAGCGUUUUUUUAAACAAAAUUCAUAAAUAACAUUUCUGUUUUUUUUUUUUUUUUUUAGGAUAGAAUAGAAAAAUCGACCAUAAGGAUUAGUCUAUACAUUGACACCCCAAUAACAUAAUAAAAAAAAAAAGCCUAAGUAUAUGGCCAUAAAAACACAGUAUUGUUCUAAAAUGGUACACAUAUUCUUUAAAUGCAUAUACAUUCAUUGUAAAUCUUUGUGUUCCAAUUACAGAUUUUACCCAUUUGGAACCAUAUAUUAAUGCAGAUGUUGUAGCGCAUAUUUGAAUUGUGUUUUUUUUCUCAAUUCUCACUGAUAUAUAAGGUAUGGUUUAUGGUUAAUACACAGGUGUGAAAUUAUGUUUUCAAGACAAACAGAGGUUAAUAAUUUAUGGAUUACAGAAAUUAUGUUUCACAUUAGGAGGAUAAUUGAUACUUUUAAAACAUAGUAUUUAACAGGAAUAAUGUAAAGCAGGGGAUACUUUAAAAAGCCUUCCCUGGAUGAGCCAUGUAUGGCUAGAGUAAUGUUACUGAGAAUUUAACCUUUCUUGAAGAAUGUGACUUUCAUAGGUCAUUCAUCCAUUCAUACCUCUUAUGUCUGGCCCUACGUUACCAUAGUUAAGAUACGAAGUCUGAAUAUAAUGUCAGAAUAUGAUUUGACAGCUCAGAUAGAUUUGCCACCAAUCCUUAUCACUGUUCACACACUUGUCCCUUGUCACAACAAGAGGCCCUUCUAUUUUAUGUCCCUUUCCACAAAGAGCAAAGUUCAGGACUGGAUAAGCAGAACAGAAUAGCUCUGACAGGCAUUUCAUUAGUGCCAAGAAUAGAAUGAGCAAUUUUCAGUAAGUACCUGAACUAGAUUUCAUGGUAGAUUCUAGAAUUUUAACCUCUUAAAGGAAAUCUGUCAUUUUUUAUUAUUUAAAGUAAUAUUUUACACGCAUUCUAAACUCUGUCUAUUAUUUUGUAAAGCAUGCAUGUCCAUAAAUACUAUAUUUCAGUGUAUCUCCUAGCUUACACUUGUUCUAGGGGGCAGUAAUAUUGAAAACAUUUUGAGGCAGAAGCAUGAAAGUAACCAAGAGAAGAGCUUACGAUCAUUCAACAAUCCAGUGUGACAGCAUCUCGAAAGCUCCGAACUGCAUAGAACCAGUUGUAUUUGACACAGGAAGCACUGUGUAUCAGUUAAGACUAUCGUAGAAGACUUUAACCCCUUAGCUACCGAUCACAACUCCGUUUCAUCAUCCUCAGUGCCAGAGAGGUUUUAUUCACCAUAUUUCAGUGUCACACACACACAGACACACAGACACACACACACACUGCCACAUAUGCACACUAACAAAAACACAUCUCAAUUUACUUAUUUUUAGCAACCAGCUUUGCUUCCAAAACUUUUUGGGUGUAGGAGGGUGGCUUCCUGGGCUGGCUGAGUGUGAUGGGAGUUUGAGUUCCUCUGUCCUCCUAGCCCACGCGGUCUGUAAGUUAAGAGGAAGUGACAGGAAAUAACCCCCUCCCAGCACAGACAGCCAACAUUAAAGGAGGCCGGACAUGCUUCUAAAGGGCUCUAGCACCCGACUGGGCCCCUGAUCAGACAGCCUACCUAUCAUGUGUGCCCUAAGUGGAUUGGAUACUCAAUGGGUCUCCAACCCCUGUUGGCCCUGGUGUAGCCGCUCUGUUGGAAGUUAUGCCAUUGCUUCUCUUGUUUCCCUAAGUCCCAGUUUUGCCACAAGUGCCAAAAUAUAUAUAUUAUACCUUAAGGGUCCCAUCCACGACAGCAUACUACACAAAGCUCUCAUAAGGAACAGCAUACUACCAGGGACGUGUCUUCCGCGAGGCAAACAAGGCAUCUUCCCUGGGUGGCACUUUGCAGGGGACGGCAAAAAAAGCCGCCCUCAAACGCCCAGGCAGAUCCCUUGUUUGUGCUUUGUGUCCUGGGGGGCUCAAGAGCUGGCCGGCUGGCCACUAUUGAGCCCCCCCCAGGCUGGCAGCGGGCAGCAAGGGAGCAAACUCACCUGAGCUCUUCCUGCUUGGCUUCCUCUGUGCCGCUCAAUGAAGCCGGGAUCCAGAAUAUGACGACACUCCGGCUCCCGGCAUCUCUAAGCGGCGCACAAGGGAGCUGAGCAGGAAAAUCAGAGCUCUCUCGCUGCUUACUCAGCCUGUCUGCCCCCUGCCUGCCCGGCCAGCAGCCCUACUGUACAGGUAAGUAAUCCACUCCAGCUCUCCCAGGGUGGAUUUGAAAAAAAAAAAAAAAUGUGAGUGUUGAUGGUAAUGUCUGUAUGUGUAUGUCUGUAAGUGAAUGUAUGUGUGUGUGUCUGUAAGUGAAUGUGUCUGUAAGUGUGUGUGCCUGUAAGUGUGAGUGAAUGUACAUGUGUGUCGGUCAGUGAGUGCAUGCUUCUGUCAGUGUGUGUCCAAGUAAAAGUGUGUGUGUAUGUCAUUGUUUGUCAUUGUAUAUAAGAGUGUGUGUCUGUCAGUGAGUGUGCGUCUGUCAGUGAGUGUCCAAGUAAUAGUGUGUGUGUCAUUGUUUGUCAGUGUAUAUGAGUGUGUGUCUGACAAUGAGUGUAUGCGUUUGUCAGUGAGUGUGCGAUGGUCAGUGAGUCAGCGGCCUUGACAGGAAGGGGUGGGGAAAAUUUAAAUUGGGGGGGGGGGGGCCCGAAUCCUAAAUACACCACUGCAUACUACUACACAUAAGGAAGAGUGGAUUAUUCACAUUUAAAUGGAAAGUCUGAAAAUAAAAUGAAAAUGAAAAGUCCUUCCAAGUAGAAUCCCAUAUAAGCUUUCAUAAGUAGGGUCACAUGCCCAGACAGUAAUCUGGGGAUAACAUUGACAUCUAUGAUCACCUGAAAACCUGAUAAUAACACAUAUAACAUAUGCCAUUUGCUCCAUUGAAAUUUGGAGAUACUGUGAAAGCCUGCCAGAAUUUGUGACAUCAUAUCCCGGCAGCCAGAUGUCAGGCAAGCCAAGGGAAGCCAUAGAAAGAGCUAGAUAGAUAAUGUAGUGUUUAAUGUUACUCUGCAAAUAUGUAUGUGUGUUGGUGAGUGUGUGUGUGUGGUGAGUGUGUGUGGGUGUGGUGAGUGUGUGUGUGUGUGUCUACUUUUGCAUUAAUGUAAGAUAUUAAGUAUGUAUGUUCCUGUUUACGCCCCUUUUUAUUAUUAUAGUUAUUGUUUUUAUUUAACUAGUUUGGACAGGGUUAGUGUACAGAAAAUGCUAUUAUAAUUAGUUAUGUUAUUUACUGUGAAAUCGGAAUUCUGUUCAGUUUACAAUAUAUGUCAUAUGUUUAUAAAUGGAUAUUUUUUUCUGUGUUUUCUACAUAAAUUAUAAGAUGGUGCAGAAUAAUGCAUCGAUCAUUCCAGUUUUCUCUUCCUCUAUAUAUUUUUUGCUCAAUUUGAUGUUUCCCUAUUGAUAUUUAUACCCUCUGUCAUGCCGGUGUCCCUUUAUUUAAUGCUAGAAAAAUCUGUAUAGUGUUCCUAUUACAAACCUUCCAACAUUAUAACAUGGACAAAGAGGGACACUUUAAUUUUAGGGGUGUGAGUUGGGGUUUGACCAGGGCUGUUUUUGAGACAUUUUAGGUGACUUACCAAUGACAAUGUAUGCAACUAAAAUGCAAUUUAAAAGAUGGCCAAUGUAUCUUAUUUGUACACACUGACAUUUAGACACAUUUAUUACAUUUUGGAGACACAUUAGUGUGCACUGUAUUGCUGUGGAGCUUUGUUGUACACUCAGACACACCAACAAAGUGUGUCUCAUAGAAAAAAGACAUUAGGAUAGAAAAGAGGGAGAGAGGGAUUUGAGCAAAACAUAAGGCACUGUGCCUCCUAAAUAGGGAUAAAUAGCUAUUCAUUUAGUACAACUCAUUUUACCCUGACAAUUCCGUUCAACUAGUACUAUCUCUCCCUUACCUACAUAACAUCUUUUCCUGUUCAUCUGUCUGACUGUAAUUAACAUUGGAUUACAAUUUGCAUAGCACCUUAAUUAAACUAUUCUCCAUAGCUGGCGGUUCCCUGUUGUACUAAGGAUGAAAAACCUGCUACAGUAAACACCUUAUUGCCCAGGGACCUGAUAAAUACCAUGCAUCUAUUAUUACUGGGGAUGCACUUAAAUUUUAUCGGCACUUAUUUUUGAUUCUCUACCCAAGGGUUUAGAACUACUGGCAUAUGGUCUUUAGCAACCAGGUUGUGAUGACAGCAACAUGUAACAUUUUGGCCUUAAAGAGUUAAUGCGUUCAAAAUGUUCUGUAAAACCUACAGUGAAAUACCUUAUGGGAUGCUGUUUACAUUCUACUUCUAGAAAAAGCAACAUAUGCUAUAAAAAUGCACGUUCUGCUCAGAAAUAGCCCUCCUGUGGUGCUACAUUAUUUUAUUCUGUUACAUAUAAAUCAGCUUACAUUAAUCAAUGUCACAAAGACUGUCCACACAAUGUGUUUGAAUUCACUAAGUGGCUCAACUGUUUGUAAUCUGCUUUAAUAAGGCAUAUCCUUAUUCGUGACUUUCAAAAUUUGUCAUACACGGUUAAUUUAGGCCGACUAGUCUCCUGAAAAGCCUUUUUUAUAUAAAUAUAGAAUUUUCUCAACAGAAUAUUAAAAAUAAAAAUCUGUAGUAAAUUCAGCUACAACAAUGACAAUUGUUAAAAAUAAAAAAAACACAAAAACUCAAACUUUAAAGAGAUUGUGAUGUUAGUUUCUAGUCAGAACUUGAGAUUUCCGCAUAUAAAUUGUCCAUCUCCCAACCAGAGGCACACGUGUCACUUGGCACCAGGGUUUGAUAUGUAUGCAGGAACACUCAAAUAUAGUCACAUACAUGCACACAGUUAAACAAACGCAGUCGCACUCACACAGUCAAAUGCACAGGCACAUAGCCACACACAUUACAAUCUUAACCACAGUCAUAGACACAUGGUCACAAACAAAGUCACAGACACAUCUUUGGGGGAUGAGAUGAACAAUACUUUAUCAACUUAACAUACGUUUUAAUAAAUUAUUAGACUGAAAUUUCUCAUGUUAAACAAAUACAUUUGUUCUCACAUAGGCUUUUUUGAUUAAAAUAAUUAAUGCUUAAUGUAUGCAUACAUUAAUCCGACAUUCAAUUGGCUACCAUAUAUAUGAAAAGUUACAGGUGAAAAAAAGUCUCCAUAGAUUUUAUGAUGGCUUUCUUUAUUUAUUGCUAAGCAUGUGUGUCACGGCAAACUGGACAACUGUUUAAAACAAGUCAAAUAGUUAACGUAAUUAUGGUGCAAGUAACAUUCCCUUUUAAGAGGCAACGUCAUUUAGGGGACUAUUUCAUUUUUGGCAAGGAUUUCCCUAUUGUCAUUUAUCUGCUUGCAUGCUGGCUGAUAGGAGAAUGGUAUUAUUGAGGGUUCUUCUUUUGCCUCAAUUUGCCAAAAACAGUAUGAAAAUCAUAAAAUAUCUAAUUACAUUUGAAAUUUUAAUUAAAUAUAUAUUCUAGCUCAGCAGUGACAAUGACAUUUGAACUUCAGUAUUGUAUACGCCUUUCUGAUCUAUUAUUUGAAUGGACUAAUUUUUUUAUUGUGUUUUUUUUUUUUUUUUACAAAUGUGGCAGGAUACGAGUGACAGUAGAUGGAGAGUUUCUUCAUUAUAUUUUUCCUCGUAAGUUUUUGGAUUCUCCUGAGUGGGACUCCCUUAGACCUUCAGAAGAAGGGACUUUUCAGGUAACCUAACAAGUAUGUUCUAUUGAUAAACCCAAUAAAAUCCAUUAUAGAGUUGUUGAUAUUCUGUGGACAAAUGUGCAAAUCCUAUUUAGCUUAUUUGAAUAUUUCCUUGUAUAUUCUGCUAAAGUCAAGAGAGAUGACAAGAUAAUAUAUGUCAGUAACCAUACGCUGUUGUGUUUACUCUGAGUGUCUUUUAUAACUCUUAUAGUGUGCAAGUAAUACAUUGUUGCUAAUGUGGAAAAUGAAUCCAUUUAUAGUUCAUGUCUGUUCGCUAAUAGAUCUAUGACAGGUUUGAGAAAAAAAACUUAACUAAUUGUUAGCCAUUCUUUGAGAGCUUUGUAUCAUAUUUAAAGGGACACUACAGGCAGCCAUCAGACAGACACUAGAGGCUUUUCCGGGACUCUAAAAAUACUUUGAAUCCCUUAAACGACUCUGGAUGUCCUCAAUCUCUGCAUGAGGAAAUCCUCAUGGUAAGUAUAUAAAUGUUUUUCUAUCGCUUUCUCUUCUGGAGCGGGGACCUGAGGGCACUAUAGAUUUUAUAUUCGUAACACUAUAAUAUCCCUUUAAUGGGUUAGGAACCAGUGAACUAAGGGGAUGCUUUACUCCAAAGGCCUUUUGUUUAUGAUGGUGAGUGAGCUGACUGCUGUAUUCGCCAUCAGCAUGUUAGUAAUUUCAGGGCCGGACUGGCCCACCGGGAUACCGGGAAAUUUCCUGGUGGGCCGCGGCACCUGGGGGAUGCGCUGACACAUGGGUGCCACCGGGUGGCCGGCCGGUGGCAUACUGAGAGGGGGCCGGCCGCGUUCCAGACUGGAGCCGCCAGGCCGGGUGGCAGCUUGGCCAGUCCGGCGGCACUCCAGUCACUGAUGGCUGAAGGAGGAGGAGCCUGUCUCUGUACCGUGCUCCCUCGCGGUUCCUGUGCUGAGAAUUGUGGGAACCGCGAGGGAGCAUGGUAGACAGGCUCCUCCUCCUUCAGCCAUCAGUGACUGGAGUGCCGCCAGAGGGGGAGGUAGAGAGAUGGGGAUAGGGGAUAGACACAGGGAAAGGGGGGAGGAAGAGAGAUGGGGAGAGGGGAGAGACACGGGGAAAGGGGGGAGGGAAAGAGAUGGGGAGGAGGGAGAGUGAUUACUACGAAAAGGAGGGAGAGAGAUGGCGACAGGAGACAGGAAAGGGGAGGAGGAUGGGAGGGAGAGACACAGGAAAGGAGAGGGGAGGGAGAGAGAUGGAGAGACACACAGGGGAAGGGGGGAGAGAGAUGGGAGAGACACAGGAAGGGGAGAGAUGUGGCUGGAAGGAGGAGGACACAGGAAAGUUGGGAGGAAGAGAGAUGGGAGAGGGAGAGACACAGGAAGUUGGGAGAGAUGGCUGAGGGAGAGAGAUGGGGGGAGAGAUGGGUUGGAGGGAGAGACAGGGAAAGGGGGGAGGGAGAGAGAUGGGGAGGAGGGAGAGACACAGGGAAAGGGGGGAGGCAGUGAGAUGGGGAGGAGGGAGAGACACAGGGAAAGGGGGUGAAAGAGGCAGAGGGGGAAGAGAGAGACAAAGAGGGAGAAAUGAGAGAGACACACAAGGGGAGGGGAAGAAAGAGGCAGAGGGGGAAGAGAGAGACUGGGAAGGAGAGGGGAGACAUUGACACAGAGAAGCAGUGAGGGGGAGAAAGAGAGGACCCGGGGCAACGCUCCGGCUCUCACGAGAGUGAACUCUAGCCCUGGAGCUACGGGCUAGAGUUCACUCUCACCACUUCCUGGUGGUCGCAGUAGUAGGAGUGAACUCUAGCCCCAUACACACACUGCCCACACACACACACACACACACCAUACACACUGCCCCCCCCCACACACACACACCAUACACAUUCACACACUGCCCCCCCACACCCACACACAUUGCACCCCUCACACAUUGCACCACUGCUCCUAUACCCUACUACAGCCCCAUAUCCCAGCAGACUCCAGGUAAGUUGUCAAACUGUUCUUAAAUGGUUUGACUACUUACUCUGGGAGGGGGUGCUGACACUCCUGGCACCAUAACCACUACACAGAGGUAGUGGCUCAGGUUCUGGAUCCGUCACUGGUAUAUGACAUGUAUAUUAAUGUGUGUGUGUGUGUGUGUGUGUGUGUGUGUAUAUAUAUAUAUAUAUAUAUAUAUAUAUUAAUUAUAUUUACACAUAUUAAUGUACAUUUAUAUAUGCAUAAUACACAGAGAAAUUUCAUUAAUAUGUACCAUAUGUAAUGAGCAGAUAUUGUCCCAGUCUUGUUGCUAGGUGCAUACUCCAGCACAAUAACAUAUUUAAAGUGAAGAGCACACCCACAGGACUUCAAAAUAAACAUUUUUUACAGUUGUGCCCUACAUACAUUCACCAUUUCAGUCCCAUUAACAAACUUUCCUUAAUAUGUCAAGGUAGUUGGACUGAAACAUUGAUUACAUGCAAAGGCGCGUCUGCUUAAAAUAAAUCUGCACUUUUGUUUAUUUUGAAGCCUAUGAGUGCGCUUUUUACGUUGAAGUACUUUUUAAUUUUAAGUUAUCUGUUCUAACUCUGUAUCUACACACUAUGCUGGUGCGACGCAUUAUGGGGCUGGUAAAUAUUUUUUUUCCAGGGCUGCUUUUAAAUCCCAGUCUGGCCCUGAGUAAUUUUGAUGUGAACUAAUAAAUAGGCAUGGUUUUGGGGUUCUAAGAGUUAAUGCUCUUCUGACUUAGAAGUUUUUUAAUGGCAAUAUUUGAAAGGUUCUGACCAUAACAAUUACCUCAUCUUCUAAUGCUUACUGCGAUCGGAGACUGAUCCAACUUAUCCGUGAAUAUCUGAUUAUGCUGCUGUGGAUAUCGAAAGUGUGUUUUAAUCUCAGAAUGAAACAUUUACUCUUUUCCUAUUUUAUUAAUCUUCUUGGUCAACCAUGGAUAUCUCAUUAGCAAUCCUAGACAUAUGCCCCCAGGAUUGUCCACCGGAUGUUAGUUGCAAGUUGAUAAAUAAUAUAAUAAUAUACUCUACAAUUCUGCUAUUUACAAAACAAUAACAUUACAUAUUAAUAUAUUUGCAACUCCAUUUUAGGGCAGGAGGGGGGUCAAAGAUCCUGUUCCUAGGUUAAAAUGAGAUGUUCUAAUUACAGUACAUGUUAUCCUUAUUUAUAUACAGACAAUGGCCCAUCAUUGCUCCUUACAGUACUGGUAAAAGAUCUGAGAUAAAAAUAAUAUCGAGAAAUUAUUUUCUUUAAACACCCCGAUUCUUAUUUAAUUUUUUAAAUAUUGAUUUGAAUUCCUUAAUUGCAGAUGCUAUUGAUUUGAUUAUGGUGAUACGCUCAGGUUUAAUUCUAAUAUUUUCUUAUAAUAUUACUCUCUAAAUUGUAUGAUAUAGAAUCUUUGAGAUUGUUGACCACAAAUACAAAGUCACGUUUAAUAAAGAUAAGUACAUAUUUUGUACUGCCUUACAAAACUAGGAUAGAGGAUAUCAGACCUCAUUCAGAAGAAAUUCUUGAUUUUUGCAUCAAUUACAUUACAGCGAGAAUCAUAUAAAACAAGAUUUCCUUGAUUCACAGCUUAAUUGAAGUCUGUUACAAAAUGCUGAUAGAAGUCCAGUAAUUCCUCUUUAAAGUUAUUAUUUUGAAAAUGAUUCAACUGACUACAUUGCUACAUUAACACAUUUUCUGCUUAGCAAGUUAGCACGUGCUUAGCUUAUCGAAAUGACUUACAGCAUUCUGUCUUUUCGGGAGUUACACAUGGACACUGUGCACAUCUCUUAUGUGCCGAUCAAUGGAGCUGUCAGUGAAAGUAAAAUGUUUAGCUUUAAUCAUUUUUUUUCUUGUGUGUGUGUGUGUGUGUGUAAAUGUGUGGAAGAAUGGGUGAAGGGUUGGAGUAUCUUGAUAAUUCUGUGCCUACUGAACUCGCGAUGUAUAUCCAGACCUGUUAGAACACAUCCUCAUCAACAACUACUGUCACUGGAUCUUCAUUCCACACACUAAGAGAUUUUAGUAGUCUUAUUUGAAACAGAUAUAUUUGCUCAAUUACUGUAGUUCCUCUAUGACAACAGGACAGUGCAUGAAAAUGAUGAUAAUUCUGACAUGGUUUAUAGAUAUAAAUACAAAAAAAGAUGCUUUAAUUUCUUAAAAGCAAAAAAAUGAUCUUUGUGUUUGAAAACAUUUGGGCAGCAGUGAUUUUUUUUUUUGUGUGCCACAUACUGGGUGCACAACUUUGAAAAUGCAAGGACUUUUUAAGCAUUGUGUGUCUCUUUUGUGAUGGUAAUAUAAGGAAAAUUAUAUUAGUUAACUUUUAGUGUUUACCCUUUUAGUUAUACACUCUAUGUAUAACUUGAACAUUAUCUAACAUUACCCAUCAAUCGAAUUACACAGCAGAAAAAAACGUUCCCAUUCUGAUAAUGCUAACAGGAAGAAAAGCCCAUAAGGUUAAAUAGUGCCACAAUUACACAGUAUGUCAGAUUUUCAAUGGAAAAAAUAUCCCCACAAAAUGCAAGGAAUAAUUUUAUUGUAGGAAAAAAACAGCAUCACAGACCUGUUGUGCGGUUAGGCAAAAUAAAUAAAUUAAUGUUUUAGAAAAGUGGACCCAAAAUAGAAUGUAAUUUUCUAACUGUGUGUUCCAUAUUGUUUUACAGGUAACACUUACUGCAGAAACAAAGUGCCGAUACGUUACGUGGAGGAGAAAAAAACUGUAUUUAUUAUUUGCCAAAAACCGUUACAUCUGCAGACUAUUUUCAGUGUUGAUAAGAGGUGACAUUGCCGAUAAACUCUAUGAAUUGAACGAAAAAGUUUCCCUCGACAGUGGUUUUAGAUUUGAUAUCAGACUACCUAACUAUUAUCACAUGGCAUUGCCAGAAGAAGCACAUUCAACAACUCCCUCCAUCCAUGUCCAGGAUGUCUUUGUGAAGAAAAGCACACCCAACAGACUAUGA